CAAGCCCCCUGCCCCGGCUCCAGGCUCCGGUUCUGGGAUGGCGCGUGGGGGCCGCUCCAGCUCUCCAGCGGCGGUGCCGAGGGUCUAACCCAGCCCAGCCUAACCAAUGUGCAGACUACUGUACAAUUUGGAAGUCCUGAACAGAUAGUCUAAACACUGGGUAGACGGAGUGGAGGUGUCCUCUGAUCCAUCCAGGCUGCAGUGUCUGUCCGUCGGGUGAGAGCUUCGGCCCCAUGUCCUGGAGAUGCAAGGUCCCCAGCCCAGCCCAGCCAGCCCGGGGUCCCCUCUCUGCUCUGACUCCCCUUCUGCCUCCUUUGACGUGGCAGGGGUGAGCGGGAGCUCUGGCUGGGGAGGAGGGGCCUGGGGACGGGCCGGCCUGCGGGAAGGAGGGGGCUGCUCCUACCUAGUGUCCAACCCCAGAGCAGAGCGCAGGGCGGGUGGCGGCGGGGCCUCCCUCGAAUGCUUCCAGAUGUUCCCUGGCCGCGUGUGCAACUUCCUCCUCUCCUCCCCCAGCCGCCCUCUGGGGCUCCCGGCCACCCGCCUGGCAUAAAGAGGGCUUUAUGUGGCUGGAUGGGCCAGGGGGGUGCGGGGGGCAGAGAGAGGUGGGCAGGAUGACGCCAGGACGUGGAGCAGGGUCCCCUGAAACCCAGCCCCCGACCCGAGAUACGUGGCGAGGCUCAUGCCCAAGCCCCGAGUCCUCCAAACCCACACAGUCACCCCCCCCCGGGCCCCCGGGCGUGGGCCCUGUGGUGUUGGGUUGACUAGUGGGGUACAGGCAGCAGAAACCCCUCCCCUCCUCCCAGAGCCCCAUCCUGGGGUACCUCCUCCGAAGAUCCCUGAGCUCCUCCCCUCUGUCUAUAGGACAGAGGAGCCUACAGUCACAUGUCAGCCCCCACCAGAUGUACACACAUGUGCACACAGGCCUGGCACCCACAUGCCAUCCACAGAUAAGCGUAACUCCUCCCAGACGAUACAGAUAAACCACACAGAUUCAGCCCAUUACGAAAACUCUAUGCACGUGAGUACGUGCACCCACAGUGCAUGUCCCGCAGGUACAUUCAUGCAGACACAUGGACAUUUACAGUUGCCACACCUACGGAACUGUGCACACGUACACACACACAGCCGGGCUGGCACCUCCUCAGGCACCCUCGUGCACACACAGGGACACAUGGGCACACGCACAGUGGUGAGAGGACACGUGCUCAGACAUGCACAUGUUUGCACAGACAUACAACCACACACAUUGCACACACACACUCACCAUCUCCAGGCUUGUGCUGUGUGCCUGAUCGCUAACACAUGGGCAGCUGUGGGGAGUGGGCUGAGCCAGCCCUUUGAAGCUGCCAGGCCUGGUGGCCGCCCCCCUUCCCCGUCUCUCCAGUCAGGAAAUGAAGUCAGAGGCUUAUCCAGAGCAGGCCCCAUCGGCCAGGCUGGCGGCAAGAGAGGCCGAGUGCGGGGGUCCCUGGCUGGGGCUGGCCUGGCUUGCGUCCAGGGCUUGCUUGGGGCGGGAUGUGGGAGCCAAGCUCAGCCUCGCCACCCCAGGCUCUUGAGCUCUGGCAUGGAUGUGGAGGCGGUGGGAAGGGCUUGAACGCCGUGGGGAGCCGAGGUGCCCAGCAGACCCGGGGCUCCGUGGCCAGGCUUUCAUCAGACAGCGCCCACGCGGUGCAAGGGGGCUGGUGGUCUACAGCCCCAGAUCCCCCCGCGCCGCAACAUGGAGCAUCCUUAGGGAGUGAGGCGUAGCAGAGACAGCACCAACCUCACCCAUCACUCCUUCCU